GACAUGUAAUUCAGCAGUCAUGGCUGUAACGAGAGUAAUGCUUUUCACUUUAUUUGUGGCCCUGUUUGCUCCCGGCACAGCCAACAGUGAGACGGAAGUAGCAGACUCCAAAAACGUAGCAAAAGCAGAACUAGUAAAGAAAGAGUCAGAUUCAAGUCCAUUUGGAACGACAAUUAACAGGUUAUCGAUUGGGCAAGUAACAAAUUACAACUACGCCGGGGAAGCCAGCCUCCAAAAAAAGGAGCCUUCAGGAAAACAGGCGUUACAGUUAAAGAAAAAAGAAGAGGUCGCUCUGAAGGAGAGGAGAAGGAAAGGAAAUAAGAAAGGUAAAAGAAGGAAGUCGGGAAAGUCGGGAGUCGUUCAGCAGAACACAACCGAUGGCCUUGCUGAUUUAGGAAACGACGUUCUUGCUUUAGUAGGAAGAAGGGAAGAACUAGAGACAAGAGGGAGAAACAAGGGAGAAUAAAUAAUGCGAAUACAAGUUACCUUUAUUUGGCUAAUUGGACACCAUUGUGCUGAUGGGACGAUUCAAAAAGGACUGUAUAGCGAUACCGGACAUUAUAACAAAAUAAUACAUUAAAAACUAGACCACAUUUGAAUUAUCUUAAAUAUACAUAUUUUGGAUGAACAUAAUAUAUGUAUAUCAGGUUUAAACGAGAAUUGCGCCGGUUAGCGGACGCUAGAUUUCCAUCGACCGUACUCGUAGGCAUUGCCUUUUAAAAUUUAAAAUUACAAUUUACAAAAUCCAUGUGAAGAAAUGGUUGUUUACAAGUCUACCUAAGUUGUUAGAUUAAAUAAAAUGGUAGUCGUGAAAUCCGUAGUAGGUUACCGUUAUGUAACUCAUAAUAACAUUUAUGGUCCCCGUCCAUUUCGUAUAACAAAUCAAUCAGAGCCUAACAAUGUUUGACAUGACUUUAACAUUUAACACUAAACAUUAAACCUACGUAAAACGGGAAUGAAUUUAUAUGUAAAUCUGUUUUAAAACAACAUAUCAAAAAUAAAUCAUUGAAAUUACAUACGCUGACCGUAACUUCCAGUCAGCUUGGCGCCGCGCAUUUGAAAAUUUAAUUCAAUCGUCGAUUCGUGCAAAUGUAUGCGGAGGGUAACCGUGGCGACGAUACCAUUACUGACCUGCGCGUGGAGGAUAUGCAUUAAAAUGGCUAUGCAGAGGGUAAUGCAUGUUUUCCUUUGUGACACGACUCACCUGACACGAAAAACCUACCUACCUACUAUACCCAUUCUCAAAUCCUACCACUUCUAACCAUCUUAUGAUUUUUUGAAAAGUCGAUGGAAAAAAUAUGGGUUCAUAAUUUUAUUAGGCAUGCCUGUGAGUUCCUUUCAAUGUUUUUGAAGAUAUGAUUUAUUAACAUUUAUUAUUAGUAUUACUUUUAGCUUCAUUAUAA